AUGGGCGCUGGUCACGGAGAUCUCGCCCCCCAUCAGGUUCACCAGCGCCUUGCAUAUCGCCAGGCCCAGCCCCGUGCCGCCAAACCGUCUGCAGGUGGUGUUGUCCGCCUGGGGGGAGAGGAGGAGAGGGAAUGGUUACCAGUCACUCAGCCAGCGCCUUGCAUAUCGCCAGGCCCAGCCCCGUGCCGCCAAACCGUCUGCAGCCCCGUGCCGACAAACCGCCGACACGUGGUGUUGUCCGCCUGGAGAGAGGGGGGAAAGGGGAGUGGAGAGGAGUGGAGAAGGGAGGGCAGUGGGGAGAGGAGCAGGGCCGUGGGGAGAGGAGCAGGGCAGUGGGGAGAGGAGCAGGGCCGUGGGGAGAGGAGCAGGGCCGUGGGGAGAGGAGCAGGGCCGUGGGGAGAGGAGCAGGGCCGUGGGGAGAGGAGCAGGGCCGUGGGGAGAGGAGCAGGGCCGUGGGGAGAGGAGCAGGGCCGUGGGGAGAGGAGCAGGGCCGUGGGGAGAGGAGCAGGGCCGUGGGGAGAGGAGCAGGGCCGUGGGGAGAGGAGCAGGGCCGUGGGGAGAGGAGCAGGGCCGUGGGGAGAGGAGCAGGGCCGUGGGGAGAGGAGCAGGGCCGUGGGGAGAGGAGCAGGGCCGUGGGGAGAGGAGCAGGGCCGUGGGGAGAGGAGCAGGGCAGUGGGGAGAGGAGCAGGGCCGUGGGGAGAGGAGCAGGGCCGUGGGGAGAGGAGCAGGGCCGUGGGGAGAGGAGCAGGGCCGUGGGGAGAGGAGCAGGGCCGUGGGGAGAGGAGCAGGGCCGUGGGGAGAGGAGCAGGGCCGUGGGGAGAGGAGCAGGGCCGUGGGGAGAGGAGCAGGGCCGUGGGGAGAGGAGCAGGGCCGUGGGGAGAGGAGCAGGGCCGUGGGGAGAGGAGCAGGGCCGUGGGGAGAGGAGCAGGGCCGUGGGGAGAGGAGCAGGGCCGUGGGGAGAGGAGCAGGGCCGUGGGGAGAGGAGCAGGGCCGUGGGGAGAGGAGCAGGGCCGUGGGGAGAGGAGCAGGGCCGUGGGGAGAGGAGCAGGGCCGUGGGGAGAGGAGCAGGGCCGUGGGGAGAGGAGCAGGGCCGUGGGGAGAGGAGCAGGGCCGUGGGGAGAGGAGCAGGGCCGUGGGGAGAGGAGCAGGGCCGUGGGGAGAGGAGCAGGGCCGUGGGGAGAGGAGCAGGGCCGUGGGGAGAGGAGCAGGGCCGUGGGGAGAGGAGCAGGGCCGUGGGGAGAGGAGCAGGGCCGUGGGGAGAGGAGCAGGGCCGUGGGGAGAGGAGCAGGGCCGUGGGGAGAGGAGCAGGGCCGUGGGGAGAGGAGCAGGGCCGUGGGGAGAGGAGCAGGGCCGUGGGGAGAGGAGCAGGGCCGUGGGGAGAGGAGCAGGGCCGUGGGGAGAGGAGCAGGGCCGUGGGGAGAGGAGCAGGGCCGUGGGGAGAGGAGCAGGGCCGUGGGGAGAGGAGCAGGGCCGUGGGGAGAGGAGCAGGGCCGUGGGGAGAGGAGCAGGGCCGUGGGGAGAGGAGCAGGGCCGUGGGGAGAGGAGCAGGGCCGUGGGGAGAGGAGCAGGGCCGUGGGGAGAGGAGCAGGGCCGUGGGGAGAGGAGCAGGGCCGUGGGGAGAGGAGCAGGGCCGUGGGGAGAGGAGCAGGGCCGUGGGGAGAGGAGCAGGGCAGUGGGGAGAGGAGCAGGGCCGUGGGGAGAGGAGCAGGGCCGUGGGGAGAGGAGCAGGGCCGUGGGGAGAGGAGCAGGGCCGUGGGGAGAGGAGCAGGGCCGUGGGGAGAGGAGCAGGGCCGUGGGGAGAGGAGCAGGGCCGUGGGGAGAGGAGCAGGGCCGUGGGGAGAGGAGCAGGGCCGUGGGGAGAGGAGCAGGGCCGUGGGGAGAGGAGCAGGGCCGUGGGGAGAGGAGCAGGGCCGUGGGGAGAGGAGCAGGGCCGUGGGGAGAGGAGCAGGGCCGUGGGGAGAGGAGCAGGGCCGUGGGGAGAGGAGCAGGGCCGUGGGGAGAGGAGCAGGGCCGUGGGGAGAGGAGCAGGGCCGUGGGGAGAGGAGCAGGGCCGUGGGGAGAGGAGCAGGGCCGUGGGGAGAGGAGCAGGGCCGUGGGGAGAGGAGCAGGGCCGUGGGGAGAGGAGCAGGGCCGUGGGGAGAGGAGCAGGGCCGUGGGGAGAGGAGCAGGGCCGUGGGGAGAGGAGCAGGGCCGUGGGGAGAGGAGCAGGGCCGUGGGGAGAGGAGCAGGGCCGUGGGGAGAGGAGCAGGGCCGUGGGGAGAGGAGCAGGGCCGUGGGGAGAGGAGCAGGGCCGUGGGGAGAGGAGCAGGGCCGUGGGGAGAGGAGCAGGGCCGUGGGGAGAGGAGCAGGGCCGUGGGGAGAGGAGCAGGGCCGUGGGGAGAGGAGCAGGGUUAG